UUUAAAAUCAUGGAUGCCUCCCUGUUUCAGUUCUUUAUUGGGGAGUUCGGAGACCCCAACUGCACUUUUAUGGAUGCUUUUCAGGAUACUUACGAGAAUUCGUCUUUCGCGUUGAUGGGUCUAGAUGGUCUCAACUGUAACGCCACCACGGAUGAGAUCGGAACUUGCUGGCCGAGAAGCAACUCUGGUCGAAUAGUUGAGCGUCCCUGUCCGGAGUACAUCAACGGCGUGAAAUACAACACAACUAGAAGUGCUUACAGAGAAUGCUUGGAGAAUGGCACAUGGGCUCUGAAAAGUAACUACUCCAACUGUGAGCCCAUCUUGGAGGAAAAGAGGAAGUACCCCAUGCAUUACAAGAUAGCCCUCAUCAUUAAUUACUUCGGUCACUGUAUAUCUGUUGGAGCUCUCGUUAUUGCCUUCAUCCUCUUCCUGUGCUUGAGGAGCAUCCGAUGCCUUCGAAACAUAAUCCACUGGAACUUAAUUACGACGUUCAUUCUGAGGAAUGUAAUGUGGUUUUUGCUUCAGCUGAUUGACCACAAUAUUCAUGAGACGAAUGAGCCCUGGUGUCGCCUCAUAACAACAAUCUACAAUUACUUUGUGGUGACCAAUUUCUUCUGGAUGUUUGUGGAGGGCUGUUAUCUUCACACGGCUAUCGUGAUGACAUAUUCCACAGACAAGCUCAGAAAAUGGGUCUUCCUCUUCAUCGGAUGGUGUAUACCAUGUCCGAUAAUUAUUGCGUGGGCCAUUGGAAAACUCUACAGUGAAAAUGAACAAUGCUGGUUUGGGAAGGAACCUGGGAAGUAUAUAGACUACAUUUAUCAAGGGCCAGUCAUUUUAGUUCUGCUUAUCAACUUUGUUUUCCUAUUCAACAUUGUACGUAUUUUAAUGACGAAGUUGAGAGCAUCGACAACAUCUGAAACGAUACAAUACAGGAAAGCUGUGAAGGCUACUCUAGUGCUGCUGCCUUUGCUUGGAAUUACAUACAUGUUAUUCUUUGUGAAUCCAGGCGAGGAUGACAUAUCUCAAAUAGUUUUUAUCUAUUUCAACUCAUUUCUACAGUCAUUUCAGGGAUUCUUUGUGUCGGUAUUUUACUGCUUUCUAAAUGGGGAGGUGCGUUCUGCAGCCAGAAAGCGCUGGCAUCGCUGGCAGGAUAAUCAUGCUCUGCGAGUUCGGGUGGCACGGGCAAUGUCCAUCCCCACCUCCCCCACCCGCAUCAGCUUUCACAGCAUCAAACAGACCACGGCUGUCUGA